AUGAAGGGCAAAAUCAAUUGCAGCCUCAAUCUAGCCUGUCGCUAUGGCUCAUACCUGUCAGCUUUGUCCUACUCAGCAUAUCUCAGAUUUAUCACUACAUCUCUGCGUAUCCGCGGUAUACUCAUAACUGAACCUUAUGCUUGCGAACACAAUUACUCUGUCGAAAUUCUAUCGAUUGACCCCUUGGUGAUAUAUAUCAAUGGAUUCCUGAAGGAGUUCGAAAUAAAGCACCUCCUGGAAGUUACAAAUACCCAGUUUGAUCACUCUUACGUCUACGACUCGGACUUGAAGUCUGUGGUUGACCAACGUUACCGAACAUCUCAAUCAGCCAUGGUCAGCCCCAAAGACUUCGUCAGCAUAUGCCUAUCAGAAAGAAUGAAGUCGCUACUGGGUAACAUCCAGCAUAUUGAUACUGAACCACUACAGGUGGUCAAGUAUGAGGGUGGCGAACGGUUUCGAAUUCAUAUGGACUGGUUUGAUAGACCACGCAACGAGACUUUUAACCCCAAAACGCCCUUCAGGUCAUACAACCGCCUGGGCAGCAUAUUUGCGUACCUAGAAGACGGCUGCUCCGGAGGAGAAACUUAUUUUCCGGACAUCAGAGGGGUGGCCCCGGACGCGGACGGGGAUAAGUUCACGAGAACGGAAACCGGAGAGGGGCUAUUAGUGAACCCGCGGAGGGGAAAUGCGGUGUUCUGGAAUAAUUUGUUCAUGAAUGGGUCUGGGGACCCGCGGGUCGCCCAUGCCGGCCGUCCGGUACUGUCAGGGAGGAAAACUGGCAUGAAUCUCUUUAGCUACUACUAUCUAGAUGUCCCUAUCGCCGGCGGAGAGUCUGGAUGA